AUGGUAUCGGACGAUUGUAAGAAUCUCUUGUAUGACCAAGCGUGCUUACAAGUGUGGGCAGACAAUGCUCCGAAUGUUUCGUUAUGGGUGCAAACCAAAGAAUGUUACAAAUGUGAUUUAUUGAAAAAAGAAAACAUAUCCAACAACGGAGUUACUAAUAUCAGAUUAAAUACAAUUUAUAGCCUCUGGCUAGAUUUAACCAAUGACAUUAGCCAUAAUAAUUGCAGAACACUUCAUACUUUUGAAGAACAUGGAGUUUAUCAAUGGAAUAUUUCAAACAAUUUCAAUUGUUCUCAAAUCAAACAAUUAUCAACUCCUCAAGAUCUAUUCAUGCCAUUUGUCUAUGCAUUAUUACUCAUAAUACCGUCCUUUGCUGUUUGGUUUUUCAUCAAUUAUCUGCAAAGGACUUAUGUUGUGCCAUCUGUGUUCCGAUUUGCAUCAAAAACCGAUUUGGAUAUUGAAAAUGAUUUUGGAACUGGUUCUAAUGAACCGGUUAUUAUUCAUCCUCAAAUUCCGACACCAGUCAAAAAUAAUAGUUAUCGUAUCACAUCGUUAGACACAUUUAGAGGGAUAUCUAUCAUAUUAAUGGUUUUUGUCAAUCUAGGAGGUGGACAUUAUUGGUUCUUUGAACAUGCUCCAUGGAAUGGUAUCACAUUAGCAGACUUCAUAUUGCCUUGGUUUUGUUGGGUCAUGGGAGUAAGUAUAGCCAUAUCAUUGCGAUCUCAACUUCGUUCAAGCACCAAAAGAAAAUAUGUCUUUGGUCGCGUCGUUCGAAGAUCAAUUGCCCUAUUGAUCAUGGGUUUAGUGCUAAAUUCUGUUAACAACAACAAUUUAAGCACUUUUAGACCAUUGGGUGUAUUACAAAGACUAGCAUUUAUAUACUUUAUAGCAGCAACAUUGGAAACAAUUUUUAUGAAACCUCAACCCUAUUUUACGAAUACAAGAUUAGACGUAAUCCGAGAUAUUAUUGAAAGUGCCCGGCAAUGGUUUAUAGUAAUUAUAUUAGUAGCUAUUCAUACUAUCAUUACUUUCUUUUUACCUGUACCUGGUUGCCCUAAAGGAUACUUGGGACCAGGUGGCCUCUACAAUAGUUCUUCAAACAUUAACUGUACUGGUGGCGCUGCUGGAUACAUUGAUAGGCUAGUAUUUGGCGAAAACCAUAUGUACUCUGGUACAGCUAAACAUGUUUAUCAGUCAAUACCAUUUGACCCUGAAGGUAUUUUAAGUACUUUGACAAAUACUUUACUUGUAUAUAUGGGUGUACAUGCUGGUCGCAUUAUCUUAUGUUAUCAGUAUACAAAUGAACGGAUCAAACGUUGGAUUGCUUGGACUGUAGUACUAGGUCUGAUCGGAGGUUGUUUGUGUAAUUUUUCCAAAGAAGAUGGCUUAAUACCAAUUAAUAAAAAUUUGUUCUCUUUGUCUUAUGCAUUUAUUACUGGAAGUUCCGCAUUCUUAAUAUUCAUUAUACUGUUCUUAAUUAUUGAACAUUGGAGACUUUGGGGUGGAUCACCAUUUAACGAAAUUGGUCAAAAUUCAAUUAUGCUAUACCUUGGACACAAUAUAUUUUACAAUACACUUCCGUGGAGGUGGCAACCGGUAAAUGAGACUUCUCACACGGAAUAUUUAGUUAUGGAUUGUUGGGCAACAAUAUUUUGGUGUGCAAUAGCAUUAGUGAUGCACAAGAAAAAUAUAUUUAUUGUAGUGUAA